AUGACAAAUGAUGUAGAGAAUGACAUUCACUUGAAUGUCUCCAACUUUAUUGCAGUCCCAAGUUGGAGAAUGAGACCAAUGCAUACACUGUACAUUAUGGAGGGAACUGAGAAUUUAGACGAUCAUGUGUUCGAAAAGAGACAUCAAAAGCCAGAAAAUGAUGAAAGGAGAAGGAAGAGAUGGGAUCUGCAGAGGUUGCGUGAAUUGGGACUAAUCAAGAAGAACAGUCAUAAGCAGGACCAUGAAAUUGCGGACAAUGAUGAUAUUAGAGGUUUUGAACUGAAGAAAUUUGAGAAGGAUUUACAAUCUAACGUUGGAAAAAUCGAAAAGUUAAGCAGGAAGUUAACUAACGCCGAACAUGCUAUGAUAAUUGCAUUUCUUAGUCUUAAUCCAAUAGUACACAGUUGUGUGAAUCAAAUUCACGGGGGGAAUUUUUCGUACUACAGAGUUUUCUCUGUUCAUCAGUAA